AUGUCCCUAAAGCAGUUGGACCUCACCACGGCGCUGCGGCCCUUGUAUCUGCCGGAUGAGGACCUGCUCUUCGUACAAGACAACGUCGGACUGUAUGAGGGAAAAUACAAGAUCCUCAACCAGCAGAAUGGCCAGGUCUACCUGACGUCGCACCGCAUCUGCUAUGUCGACAAGGAAGACCCGCGACGAUACUCGGCCGCGGUGGAGCUCAAGGACAUCGAGCGAUUUGAAUUCUAUGUUGGUUUCCCCCAUGCUCGGUCGGCAUCGGGCGUCGGAUCGAGUCCAGCGCGUAGCAGCACAGCAUCACCACUCGGUGGAGGCAAUGGGUCUGCGCGGCGCGGCCCACCACCGGCAGCAGCAGCGACUUGGGUGUGCCCUAUCUGCAGCUUUUCCAACCCGGUGCCGUCCAACUUUGACCCGGAGUCGCUGAAUGCACAUACGCAGAUGCCGCCGUGUCUGGCGUGUGGUAUUCCACCAACACUGACCCACGUUCUGAAGGCGGUGAUCGCGAACGCUGCCAAUCGCCCGCAGGUCUCGGGCAGCAGCAGCAGCAACGGCAACGGCGUCACACAGACGCUGCCGUCACGGCCCCGGCCAUUAUCGCAGCCCGACCCCUCGUCUCUGGAGGCAGCAAGCAGCAUUGGUGACACAACGACAGCAGCAGCGGUACAGACGGGCGCCCCGGAUCCAGACGCAUCCUUCCAGUGCCCACGGUGCACGUUUCUGAACCACCCGUCGCUCAUGGCCUGCGAAAUGUGCGGAGCGCCGCUUGUGUCGCGUGACCUCCCCGCAGAGCUUACACAGACACACCAGCUGCGCACCGAGUCACCGGGACCCGUGGUUGCUGCGAGUUUUUCGCCAGCAUCGCAGACAGGCACCGAUGCUGCCGAGAGUAUCAAGCUGUCCUUCCGUGGCGGCGGCGAGAAGAUGUUCUACGAGAGAAUGAAAGGCUCCAUUGCGCAGCGCAAGUGGCUGCUGCACAAUGCGCCGCCCAUCCCGAGUCUGAGCGGCCGGGGCGCGUCACAGGAUGCACCGGGUUCCUCGUCAGGCAACGGUCUCAACCGAUCGUCGUCGUUGAGCGGCACGGGACUCGACGAACCCCGGCCGCGCAUCGUCAAAACAGCGGGUAUUGCUGGCCUGGAGAAGCGCGGCGUGGACAUGCGCAAGAAGAACGAGAUUGUCAUUGGCGGCGCCUUUGAGGACCUGGAAGCUCUGAUGGCGUCGGCCAAGCAAAUUGUCGCCCUGGCCGAGCAACUCGCACGGCAGACGGGAACAAGUACAGCAGGAUCGUCGUCGUCAUCAGACGCCAUGUUGCUCGCCGAAUCGGCCAGCAGCCAGCUUGGACUGGUGACCACCAAGGACAUUGUCGGCGGUGGUGGCAGCAGUGGACGUGAGUCGCUCUACCUAUCAGAGCUUGCACGCAACCUGGCAGAGUUCUUGACCGAUGAUGCUCGCGGCGUGCUAAGGAAGGCUGGCGGCAUUAUGAGCCUUGUUGACCUGUGGGCCAUGUUCAACCGGGCCCGUGGCGGCGUUGAGCUGGUUAGUCCCAUGGAUCUUGUCAAGGCGGCCAGGCUGUGGGAGUCACUUCGGCUGCCGGUCCGGCUUCGCACGUUCAAGCGGAGCGGCGUCUUGGUGGUCCAGAGCAGCGAUCGUACCGACGAGGCCACAGUCAGGGCCCUGCUGGGCUGGUUGCGGGACAUCCGCGCAGUACCGCCGGAAGAGCGUGGUGAACCAUCUGUGCCUUGGGAUUGGCAGGCAUUUGGUCGCGGCGUGAGUGCACAAGAGACGGCCGAGCGGUUUGGCUGGAGCAUUGGCGUGGCCGAGGAGGAGCUGGAGAUGGCCGAGGAGCGUGGCGCGCUGUGUCGGGAAGAGGGUAUUGCAGGACUGCGUUUCUGGGAGAAUAUGAUCACCGCCGAGUAG